GGGCUGCAGAACGUGACACAGACAGAGAGCAGCAGCUGUAGAGACAAACACAGACAGACAGGCAGGCAGCGGACCUGAAACUUAGGAGACACACUUCACCUUCACACACACACACACACGCACAGACAGAUUUGCUUACACACACUGAGGCGGCAGCAGCAUGUUUCAGCGGAGGCUUCCCCAGGCGGCGUGUGUGCUGUCAGUCUGCCUGUGUGUGGCUCUCGCCUAUGAGGAUGAUAUCGAGGUCAACUACGCUGACCCCUACUACAACGAAAUCACAGAGGGAGACGCGCCAGAACCAACCACGCAGAGUCCGGCACCCUGCGAUCCUCAAGACCUGACCAAGUGGGACAAGCUCUUCUCAAUGAUGGAGAACAGUCAAAUGAGGGAAAACAUGCUGCUUCAGUACGCGGACGACAUCAUCAAGGUGGAGAUUGGGUCACUGCGCAAUGAAAUGUUAAGGUUCGUGGUGCAGUAUGGAGGCUCCUGCGGGGCUGCAGUGGAGACAGCAGGGAGACAGAUGGCCAUGCAGCUGGAGGACCGUGUCAAAGCAACUCUUGAGCGCCUGAAAAUCAGAGAUCAGCUCUCCGCUGCUGAUAGUGGUUCUUCAAGGAGCUCCGGCGACCUCGAGUCGACGCUGCAGCAGCUCCUCGUCGCAACGCGAGCACAGGCCUCCCGACUCGCCAAGCUGGAGACCAGCUGUCUGACUGGCCCAGGAGCUGCGGCGGGGGUGAAUGGCAAGGCGAGAAUUCAGCUUCCGGGGAACAUCGAGCAAGAGGUCACAACUCGAGGCGCCACUUUAGACGGGCUGCUGGCUGCACUGCAAGACGUCCGGGAGGAGCUGAAGGAGGUGACGAGAUGGACCAGGCAAAGAAAACUUCCUGCAGGUUGUGAGAUGGCGCUCCUUUUCCCCAUGCGCUCCCGCCGCAUAUACACAUCGGUCAUACCGGAAGCUCCUCUCUCCCUGUCCUCCUUCACCGUCUGCAUGUGGGUGAAGCCAUCCGCCGUCAGUAACAAGACCGUGCUGUUCUCCUACGGAAACCACCGCAACCCGUAUGAGAUCCAGCUGCUGCUCGGCCAGAACUCCGCUCUCUUCACCGUCGGAGGAGAGGCUCACCUGGUGGAGGCACAGGGCGUGGUGAGCCCGGGUCAGUGGAUCCACCUGUGUGGGGCCUGGUCCUCCGAUCAGGGCCUGGCAACUCUUUGGGCCGAUGGUAAAAAGGUGGCGUCCACGCCUGGGGUGGCCGAGGGGCACGUGGUCCCGGCGGGGGGUUUGCUCCAGCUGGGGCAGGAGAAAAAUGGCUGCUGCCCCUCGUCUCUGAGCGGGUUCGAGGCGGGGUUCGAUCCCAAGCUGGCGUUUGCGGGUAAGAUGGCGGGGGUGAACCUGUGGGACAGGGUGCUCCCAGAGGAGGAGAUCUCUCAGAUGGCCUUGUGGGAAGGUCACGGCUGCAAUCAAAGGGGGAGCCUGGUGGCGUGGGGCUUGACGGAGAUGGUGCCACACGGAGGCGCUCAGUUCACCUUCUGAUCCUCAUCACGAGCAUCCUCAGCAUGGUGAUAAGACUUCAUACUAAAACUGAAGAGACUUACAGUUGAUCCUAUCGUCUUUGUUUUUACAGUUUCGUGUCUUAUUAAAAUGUGCCUUUUUUUCAUCGUCUUCACUGUUAUUGUUAUUACGGAUGCUAAUGCUGCAAUGAACUCCGCUGAACUUGUUCAGAUGAGAGAAAGCCAAUGCUGUGAGAGACUGAAGUUUAUUUUUGUAACAUCAUCGCCUUUUGAACACGAACACACACACAUGCACACAUGCAUUCAGUUUCUGUAUUGUAGCAGAAAAACGUGCUGCAAACAGCAUUUACCAAAGACUUAAUUAGAGUGCAAGACAAAGAGUUUGUUGUCAAAGCAAACGAGUCCGGAGCCAGUAAGCGGAGUAAUCACCCGACAAGACCAGCAGAAGGGGUAAAUAUGAGGUCAAACAAUUACACGGGAUUAUCACACAGACAGAGGAGUUUCCCCAUUUUACUGUAGCAUUUGUAAGGAAAUGGAAAAUGCAGUUAAUCAGACUAACAGUGGAAACCCUGCGUCAAAAUAAAACAAGAGUUUGAUUUCCUACUCAUUUUGUUUUGUGGGUACAGUUGUAAGCCAUCUAUUCGUACUACAAAUUGGAUGAAAGGUACCAGUCCUGUAUGAUAUUAGUAUGAGCUGAUAUGUCUGAAACAACAUAUCACGUA